AUGGUCAAAUCCAAAACUGAAGUUGCCGACUUUUCAACGGAAAUUCGAGCUACCGCAAAUCCUGAGGACAUGGAACAUGGGAUCAUCGGGUUUGGUCAUCACAAACGACAUACGUGGCUUCAACACAGUUAUUCUUCAACUUCCACCGUGAUCUCUGUUUGUACCUCGCAACCCCCUCCUUGGACGCUGUUCACAAAAUCGGCCCAAGAUUUUGGUUUCGCCUGGGAAGUGGUCGUUGAUGUUUCGUGCAAGACCUCGAGCAAGUCGCCAGUGUCUCGAGGCAGAUCGGGCUCGCGGGGCAAACAGCGACCCAUAGGGGUUUCGUUCUUGUCGAACGCAGAGGAGCUACUCUUGUUUUUGAUGAUUUCGGUUAUGAGUGGGUUGAUCCUACAGAGGAUGAGAAUUAGGCUUGGGGAUGGACGGGUUGAGGGUGGCUUACAGGCAGGGAUUGGUGAUUGA